CAAUAGAGCAGCAGCAGUACAGUUGGUAUUUUCCCCAUCAAAACCGGCUUUAGCCCACCCCUCGGAUACCCUCGCCACUUAUCCCAGUCCCACCAUAUUUAUUUACAUUAAGCUCUCCAUCCCCUUUUACUUCACGCUCCACUCUGCAAAACAGAUACUGCCACCAUGUUGGCAAGGAAGGAGCAGCCCCAAGCGGCAGCGACGGUGAAGGUGGAAGUUGGUUUAUCAGGUUUGGAUCUGCACGUCCACCCUAUUACAAAUAUUAAACCCAGAGGCAAGAACAAGAGAAGAUUCAGUGAUGAACAAAUUAGGUCACUAGAAUUCAUGUUUGAGUCAGACUCAAGACCAGAGUCGCAGAUAAAACAGCAGCUGGCUAAUGAGCUUGGACUACAGCCUCGACAGAUUGCUAUCUGGUUCCAGAAUAGGAGAGCUAGAUCAAAAUCUAAGCAAAUUGAGCGAAAUUACAACAUUUUGAAAGAGAGUUAUGAUGCUCUUGCUUCUAGCUACGAAUCGUUGAAAAGAGAGAAUCAAUCAUUGCGUAUCCAGUUGCAAAAACUGAAGAGUCAACUUGAGAUGGAACACGGAAACAAAACCCAUGAACCAAACAGAACUGGAAACAGUGGCGAUGGCAAUUCCGAGAACAAGAGUGCUAUAUGCGACGCUAACGAGAAGAUUACCUUUCUGUUUGAAGGCUAUGACCACAUGAUUUCAAGCGAUAACAAUAGCAGAGAUGCUGAGAGCAGGGAUGAGGAUAGAGUGGCUCUGGAUAUGAUGGAAGCCACAGAUGGUUCUUGGACUUCAUCAGAAAAAUGGUGCGGCUUCGAAUCCAAUUGUUUCCUUGAUGAAUCAAGUUGUAGUUCAAAUUGGUGGGAAUAUUGGUAAACUUGAAUGCGAAAUUAACAUCUGCAGCGCUUGCACCAUAGUACACUGACUGACUUGCGUCAGAAAUUUCAAUCCUGUUUGCAUAUAUUUUUCUAUCAGCGUGUAACUACAUCCAUGACGCAUG